UACAAACAUGGCGUCAAACUCGAAAAAGUCAAGCGCAGCCGUCGCACAAAGGUGUUGAAAAUGAUUGCACUUAGGAAAACGGAUAGUUCACAUAGGAUAAAAAUCAUCUAUUAAAUGUAAGACUGAUGGCAGAUUGUCCCCCUCAUGUGACUCCAUUCUCCACUUACAUUUGUAUGUGAAGUGCGGUCAUUCUUCCACAAUGGAUGGCUGUAACACUGAAGACAUCCUCAUAGAGGACGGGGAAGUGGCUAGAACCAGCAUGCAGGAAAACAAUUGUCAUCCUAGAACAGAGUCUCCCCUGUCAACAGAGACUGCUGGAUAUGGUGAUGGAGGGAGCAGUGUGGGACACAAUGUCAAAUCCAGUGAUAGUGUGGAGACAAUGUUAGAACCAAACUUAAUGACUGAGGAAGGACAGUCAUGCUGCACAGAGCUGGGACAUAAUUUGCAAGACUGUGUUGAACUUGAAAAUAUAAAGGAUGAGGAACAUAAUAUUGGGACUAGUGAAGGGCAGACAUCUCUUGAAAUUGUUGAAAGUAAUCAGCAUCUGUGCUCUACCAGUAAUGCCCCAGCUAUUGCUGACCACCAACGCCCUGGACAUACAGGAAUUGUCCCAAGUGGUGAUUUCUGCAGAACAGUUGGACAAGACAAAGUUUGUCAGACAGAAAGAGAGCAUGACAGGGUUAGGGGAAGUGUUGACAAGUUGAGUAACCCAACCCAAAAGUCAAAUAAAAAAGACAAAGAUGACCUGAACAUUUCUCCUCCAAAUCCAACAAAUGCUUUGUCAAAUGUUAGCAAGAGUCCAUGUGCUGUGGAGAUACAGACAUUUUGUGAGAUUCAGAGUUUUGCUGUUGCCUCUAUCAUGAAAUCACAAAUGCCAGAUGCUACUCAUCAGACCCAAACUGUUGAAAUGCCACAGUUUUACUCGCCUUCUUCUGAGACCAACUCACUCCAAACAGGAUGUACCAUUGGAGUAGCACAAGACCAACCCCAAGGGGACAUUCCUUCCAUUAAAAUAUCUAAUCCAAUGUCAAUUCCAGGCAGUGUUGAUACUACGCAAGGAAAUACAGUGUGUAGCAGUGUACUGCUGGAGGACUACAAUGCAACUCAAAGCACAGACCUUUCUUAUGAAAUCAGAACAGAUGAAGAAUUAAAGGAUAAUCCAGAGUUUGAGGUGACAAACAGUGGGGAAGACAGAGAGAAACAUGUAGCAGUACAGUAUAAAGAAGAGAACUUGCAAGGCCCAACAUCAUCUCUUGGUGAAACAGUAUCCCCAGCAUCUAAGAAACAACUAAAGUCCGACUUACAAAUCAAAGUUGGAAACUCACCAAAGGAGGAAUCUUGCUCACCAUGUGAUUCAGCUUCGGAUUUUGUACCUGUGAUGGUUAAGCAAGAGCCAAUGGAUGUGCAUGUAGACACCAGUGUUAGUCCAGGAACAAGAAGAUUCAGUCCGGGUACAAUCAGCACAAGUCCAAGUAUGAGGAGGCUACGCCCAAGGAACUCUCCUAAACAGUUCACUGGUAAACCUGUUAACUUUGUUAAUAUGGAGGGAAAGCGCCUUGAGACUUUACUUCGCCCAAAAGCCAAAAGGAAAAGGAGCGCAAGCUUAGGAACAAAAGAACCCACGCAAAGUUCCCAGCAGGAUGAGACGAGUCAAGCAGGUCCCCAAGAAGACUCUAAUGGCAGCGUCAGCCCACAAGUUGGUAAUGAAAAUGACAGCUCAAAACUGAGGAAAGGUAAAAAAAAUAGCCAACCUAUGCUGGUCUUUCAUCAGGUAAUUCCGCCAAGACCAAGAGCUCCGAUGCGGGAAGAGACACCUGAAAGCUCAAAUGGUUUGAUCAGUUCCAUGCUUCGAAACAUUGCUGAGCAGAUACAGGAGCCAAGCACUGGAGAGCAGACUACAACUCAGCAGGAUUCAGAACCAGACACAAGGGACAUGCAGCACCAACAACCACUCCAACAAGUGCCUCCUAACAGUCACAGACCUCAAAUGGCAGGUCAGAUGCAACCAGGCCUGCGCCGCAGAUCCCAAUUAAGGUUCAGUGAUUACAGCAAUUGGUUUACUAGCCAAAACUACCUUUCAAGACAAGGUCCUAAUAAGCAGGCAGAUGAGUCUGGUUUUUCUGCAUGGAAAAGGGCCAAGCGAUCAGAGGAAACACUGUCUGAUCAGCAACGACAUCCCUCUUGGACCAACUGGCCAACCAACACUGAAGAAAGAAUGGGUGGCAGCCAUGGAAUUCAUUCCCUUGGAGGAGGCCUCGGACAGGUUGGAGGAAGUUCAGUACGUGAGUUAUUGCAGAGAACUGAGCAGGGUUCUUCUGCAACAGCAAUGAGCAGACUACCAGAGGCACUUCAAGGCAGUGCAAACAGAGUUGGUAGUGGUGUGGGUAUUGUUCCAACAGCAACUGUGGCAGGUGUGGUUGGCUCAUCCAAUUACUCAUUCAAUCAUGGUCAACAGAAUAUCCUUCGCCAAUAUCUGACAACUCAUGUCGAGUUGCCGACAUCGACUGGUCAGAGCAUCAGCUCUACUAUCCCAACAUCUGUGAUGAACAGUCAGCCUGUCAUGACCACACAUAUUGGGGAUCCUCCACCUGCCCGCCAGGUCAGGUCUUUCCGCUGGGCCCAGUCAACUAAUCUCCACCAACCUGACCCUCACAAUCUUGCCAGGAAGCGAGUCAGGCUGGUUUCUGAUAAAAGUUGCCAUAGUCCACCCACUGCCCUCGCUGAUGAUAGCAGCUGUAAUCAGUCAGCAGAGCUGAGUAGCUCACAUCGAGCUGGUCCAUCUGUCAAUCGUGAACAGCAAACAUUCCCUCUCAAUGAGCAGAGAGAUAUCAAACCAGACAUCAAAACUCUUUCUGGAUACAAGUAUCCAAGCUCUGGCAGCACAAGACUGCCUGACUCUGGCCAAGGAAGCCUUGGUUCAGACUCAUUAAUCAGACACCUUCUGGUUCAAGGAACCUCUUCUACGAAUAAUGUCCCAUGGGAGCAGAGAAUACAGUCUUCAGUAUCCAGCGAUGAGCAUCAGGUGCCUCAUGUCUCCCAUGAUAUGCAAGUUCCUGAUGCCACAUCUCAACAAGCAGGCAGCAGCUCAGGUACAGAGGAAGAGACCAAGACUAAUAUGCCAGUCAAGAGAGACUCUUUCACCAGAGUAGAUCUUGAUACAGGACAGACACAGACCACCAGCUAUGCCUGUGAACAUUGUGAUGUCAUCUUUAGCGAUAGUGUCAUGUAUAUCAUGCACAUGGGUUGCCAUGGCAGGCGUAGUGCUUUUGAAUGCAAUCAGUGCGGUGCUGUUUUCAGGGAUAAGUACGAGUUCACCAUUCAUUUUAUACAGGGGGAGCACAGUCCUAAAUAAUACACAAUGCACUAGAGUCUGUCAGUCCUCUUCCUAUACAAAAAAUGUCAGAGAAAGUAAAAAGAUGUCUGCAUCAGAUGCCUGGCGUUUUAACUGACUGCCACUAAAAUCCAUGCCUUCAUUUUUGUCAUCUAUCUCUUCAGAUAUUUUAAUAAUAAUAAUAAUAUCGAAGUCUUAUAUAGCGCACGUAUCUACCAAACAAGGUAC